AUGUCUAUCCGAGAAGGCAAGAAAAUGUUAAACUGGAUCAAAAAGAGAUGCCGAAGACGUUCAGCACCUUCCGGCGCACACUCUGACUAUGAAGUGAUUACCCAACAUUUUGAAUCCAGUGUCAAGAAAUCCGGGUACGAAGACAUAACUAUUCACGAAGUAUCCCAGCAAAUUGUUGAAAAAUCUUUUGGAGAAGAAAACAUCUAUGAAGAAGUCAGAGUUCGAGAACCAGAAUACGAUUUAGCUACACAGAUUAUUGAUGAACUUUCAACCUUAACUGACAAGAUCGAGAAUGAUUUUCAAACGACAAUAAUAUGCCCUAUCUGUCGCAAACAAAUCGAAAAAGAUGCCGAGUGUUCUUGUCCCAAAACCACAUCUCCAUCUAAAAAGCGCAAAGCAGAGUCUUCUGGAAUAGAACAAGCUACAGGAUUCACAUAUGAUUUGGCUAGACCCUUACCGAAGUUACCACGUACUGCCACAUAUAAUUCAAUAUCCAUAUACAGUGAUGCGAGCAGUGGUUAUGAAAGUCUUGGAUCAGAUGCCAUCAGCGUGGUCACCAACCAGGAUCUGGUCAGUCGAUUAUCCGAAGACUUCGAUGACGAAUAUGAGGAGAUGAACCCAAAACCCCACGUUGAAUUAAAACGAGUUCAAAGUGUGAACGGACAUUAUAUUUCUUACGGAAACGAGAAACAUCCGAAUUUGCUCCACAAGGUUGAACAAGAACAAAAAGUUAAGACUAUCAGAAAAGUGUCUCGAGGAAAGAGAUUUUCACUCUCUUUCAGGAGCUGA